GUGGAGACUCCGGGCCCCUCGGGCUGGCGGAGGAGGGUUGCCAUAUGGACAGAGCCGCCCGAGGUCCCCCGCCGUGCCCGGCCAGGCUCCGAAGGCCUGUCAGUCCUUCCUUGUCUCCGCGGAGCGGCUGUGCUGAGACGUAACUUACUGCUGCAAAGUUCGCACACGCGUUUCUGUAGAAACUGUCCCAGGAAAAGGAGUCAUGGCUGCCUUGGCGUCAGCCUCAUCACAACCACCGGGAACUGCGCUCGGAAGUCCUCUGCUGCUUGUGGGGUCCUGACAGCCACGUUAGGAGAAGGAUGGUUCCAGGUGGAAUCCUCCUGGCUUUCCGCGUCCCCUGGGGAGGCAGAUGUGCAGGCGGCGUGCACUGCGCUUCUUUGCAGGCUUAGCUUUCUCUGGGUCUGUCCCUUUUGCUGCUGCUGCCCUCCUUGUGGUGUGACUGGGAGGGAGCCCUGACCAUGAGGCCACUGGUCAGCCUUGCAGAACGGCCAUGAUACUGUGGUGCCUGAGGCUACCAGGCAAAACCGCCAGGAGAGGGCCCUGCAGAGUGGCUGGGCAGGCCCAUACAUAGCACCCUGCAAUGGUGGUCAGUGUGGGGAACCAGCACUGGGCAGCGUCCAGGUUCCAGGAGGGUCAACCAGGUGUGAUGGACAAGGAGCCGGGCUCCAGCUCAGAUGCAAGUUGGCAAGUGUCCUCUACCUGAUCCCAAACUUUGCCACAGCUCCAUAAAGCAAGUCCUGCUAGACCUAGGGGAUCUCCAGUGGCCAAGGGUGCCCAGGCUUCAGAAGUGGGGACGUGGGGGAGGCUAGGGGUUUGGGCCACACCCUGCUGCCUCCCAGCCAGUCAUUUCUUUCUGCAGCCUGCUGGUUUGUCCAUUUUGGGACCCUUGGCUUUCUGACCAGGCGUAGUGGGUUGGUUGGGAGAUAAGGGUUUUCUGGGAACCCUCUUUGGUGCUGGUCAGUUCUUGGGCAGCACUAGGACGCCAGGCUGGGGUCUGGGAGGCAGUUUCUGGCUUCUCAGUUUUCACAGGGGUGAGUGGGAGUGGAUGGGUAUCUCAGGCUGCUCUUCAGCCAUGACAAAGUAUCACAGGCUGGACGGCUUAGACAACAUACUUUUCUCCCAGUUCUGGAGGCUGGAAGUACAAGAUCAAGGUGCCAGCUGAUUUGGUUGCUGGUUAGGGCUCUUCCCGGCGUGCCGAUGGUCUCCUUCUCACUGUGUCCUCACAUGGUGGAGGGAGAGUGCUCUCUGGUGUCUCUUCUCAUGAGGGCACUAAUCCCAACAUGAGGCACCACCCUCGUGGCCUCAUCUGAACCUAAUCACCUCCCGAAGGCCCCACCUCCAAAUACUGUGGGGGUUAGGGCCUCAAUAUAUGAAUUUGGGGGGACACACACAAUUCAGUCCAUAGCAGUGGAACUCAGGAGAGGGGACAGCUGCCUGUGCUGGGCAGACACGAACCUGUGGCCUGCCACUCACCCUGUGAACUGUCUGAUGUGCUCAGGUUCUGUCCUGAAAUGGAUACCCAGCAUAACAUUUUCAGAUGCUAAUGACCUCAUCCAACACAGAACAACUCAGAGAGCUGCACCAGCCGAGGCAUCCCUGAUACAAGAGGGGCUUUUCCUGCACUUUGAACCAGGCGCCUUCUCUGGUGUUCUCGACAAGAUGGGCCCUGUCGGAGCUGUCAGGAACUCCCACACAUUUGGAGUUUGUUUUCCUGGAAGCAUGUGGGUGAUUCUACUCCUGUCAUCUGUGUGGAGGGUUAUAAUUUCUGAAGCCAGAUAGCGGUGGUGUCCCUUGCCACAGACAAGGAGACAGCCUUGGGGAACUUGUAUUUCAGUGUCUCCUGAAGCCAGGCCGCUGGUUCUCGCGUGCCCCUUGGGUUUUGCCCCUGCCCUCCAUCCUGGGGACAGGAGACCAUGCCGCGGUUGAGGGAAGCCCGGAGAGAUCUAGAGGUUGUGGGCUGAAGUGGCAGCUGAGUGUGGCGCGUGUUGUGCAGCCGGGCGAGGGCCUACUAUGUGGGAACAGGUGGGGUGGCUGGGUGGCCACUCUAACCGCCUCAGCCUUGGAGGCAGGAGCUAAGAGUCCUUAUAGGUUGAAGCAUCCUGCCCAAGGCCGCACAGUGCUAAGUGUCCCGUCUGAGAUCUGACCAGCCCCAUGGCCAUGCCCCACAGCAUGGUUGCUGGCAGCUGGCAAACCAGCUGGCCUGUGUGCCAGAUGGCCUGGCAUUAGGCGGCCUUGCUCCGGAGGCGUCUUCCCGCUCUUGUGCCCAGCAUCUUCCCCAGGCUGUGCUCCGUGGACAGUCCUGCUCAGCAACAGCUGUUGGAGGGGAGUGAGGAGUAGCUGGAUCUGGCAGAAGUGUCCUGCUUUGUGCCGGCUCCCUGGAGCUGUGCUGGCUGGCAAGGGCUGGGCCCUGGAGUCUGGAUUAGGAGGGGACACAUUUAUCCCCCUUUGGGGUGUCAGCCAGGGGUCUGCUGGUCGCUGCAGGGUGCAGAGGUGUGAUGAGCUGCCGGGACUCAUUGGUCCAGAGAUUGUGUGGCAGGAAACCAAGGAGGAUGUGGGUGCUCCAUGGGCAGCCGCCUGUGGGUGCAGGAGAUGGAGGCUGGGCCCAGUGGUCUCUGGGGUUGGGCCCUUUGCUCCCGUCCAGGCAGCUGGGAGAGGCUUGGUUCCCAGCCAUAAAUAUUUGAAAAUGCAUAAUGUUGAGCAGGCUGCUGGAAGAGGGAUUAAUAGCCCACUGAAGUUACGUCCUACCAGGGUCUCACAAGUGCCCUGGCUGAGGUUGAUGGAAACCAGAGUUGCGGAAAAUGUGUAGAUGUGAUAACAUCAGAGAGAGAGGCAUGUCUCAGAAUCAUGACUCUUGGUACUGAAGGGGCUCAGUGGCCUUCUUGCCUGACCCCAUCCAGGCCAGGUGCCCGCCUCUGGGGAGCAGCUGCAGGAAGCAGGCCAGGGAGCUCAGGGGACCAGGUCCUGGCACUGCAGUCGGGUGGCCCAGCCAUCGAGGGGCUCAGGGCUUGGCUUCAAGCCAGGCAGUCUUGUAUGCUCCCCACUCGCAGGAGUCAGGACCCAGAAAGUCACGCAGUGGGGCCUGCCUGUCUCCCACGAGCACAGGCUGCCUCCUGGGCUUCGGAGGGCGGGUCUGGCCAGGCAGAAUCUGGCAGGGAAGGCUAGGACAGAGGCCUGCCCAGACCUGCGGUCGCCACACCCAUGGGAGGGAAGGCUAAGGCAACGUGGUGGCUUCCCUUUGGCUGGCACAGGCCUCCCCAAGACGGCACAGGAUGUUUUCUUAAGUUUUACUAGACUCUGGCAGCCUUGUGCUGCUCAGAAGAAAGAAUUGUUUGCUUCCCUGUGUAAAGCUAGACUAAGGAUGAUUAUCUCGAUUAUCUCCAACUUCAUCUUCUGGGCUGACUCAGGAACCUCAGAGGUGGACAAGCCCCGAGCCCUGACAGCUUGGCCCCCCAGCUUCAGGCACAGCUCCCUGUUUGCAUUUCCGUUGGUGCCUUGCAUCCAAGGUUGGAGGCCCUGGUGGUGAGGCCCAGGCUUCACUCAUCGGUGCCGGGAGCUGCCACCCAGCCAUGGAGGGGGAGGAGGAGCAGCCACCUCGGGAGGCUGACACGGAACCCAUCGUGAUGUCGGGGGCCUCAGAGGUGGUGCCCAGGGUACUUUCCGGAGAACCCCAGAACCUGUCCGACGUGGACGCUUUCAACCUGCUCCUGGAGAUGAAGCUGAAGAGGCGGCGAGAACGGCCAAACCUGCCGCGCACGGUGACAGAGCUGGUGGCCGAGGAUGGGAGCAGGGUGUACGUGGUGGGCACAGCCCACUUCAGUGAUGACAGCAAGAAGGACGUUGUGAGGACCAUCCGGGAGGUGCAGCCCGACGUGGUGGUCGUGGAGCUCUGCCAGUACCGCGUGUCCAUGCUGAAGAUGGACGAGAGCACGCUGCUGCGGGAGGCCAAGGAGAUCAGCCUGGAGAAGCUGCAGCAGGCCGUGAGGCAGAACGGGGUCAUGUCUGGACUCAUGCAGAUGUUGCUGCUGAAGGUGUCGGCCCACAUCACUGAGCAGCUGGGCAUGGCUCCUGGCGGCGAGUUCCGGGAGGCCUUCAAGGAGGCCAGCAAGGUGCCUUUCUGCAAGUUCCACCUGGGCGACCGGCCCAUCCCCGUCACCUUCAAGAGGGCCAUCGCUGCACUUUCCUUUUGGCAGAAGGUCAAGUUGGCCUGGGGCCUGUGUUUCCUGUCGGACCCUAUCAGCAAGGACGACGUGGAGCGCUGCAAGCAGAAGGACCUGCUGGAGCAGAUGAUGGCGGAGAUGAUCGGCGAGUUCCCUGACCUGCACCGCACCAUCGUCUCGGAGCGCGACGUCUACCUGACCUACAUGCUGAGGCAGGCCGCCCGGCGCCUCGAGCUGCCGCGCUCCUCUGACGCCGAGCCCAGGAAGUGCGUGCCCUCCGUGGUGGUGGGCGUCGUGGGCAUGGGCCACGUCCCCGGCAUCGAGAAGAACUGGACCACUGACCUCAACAUUCAGGAGAUCAUGACCGUCCCCCCACCGUCCAUCUCCGGCAGAGUGUCCCGGCUGGCCGUGAAGGCUGCCUUCUUGGGCCUGCUGGGCUACAGCCUGUACUGGAUGGGGCGCCGCGCCACCAGCCUGGUCCUGUCACUGCCCGCCGCCCAGUACUGCCUGCAGAGGGCCUCCACGGCCUGGCCGCACAAGUAGGAAGGACAAAGGGAGCCACCCCGUCCGAGGGGGCCGCACGCGGCUGCUCCCGUGUCGCAGCCGAGGAGCACGGGGGCCAGCCCUCUGAGGAGCUUCUGGGUGCCACCCCCUGUGGGGGUCCAGGCCCAGCCUCCCCUGCCCUCCCCCAUCCUGCCCAAAUAAAGAAUUAUUUAACUGCUCUGAGCUCAGGCUUCCCAGCCACCGCUCCCCCUCAGGGGCUGUUCACGGGGCUCACGGGCAUCGAUUGGACAAGCUGGUGGGGGGGCUGAGGCGCAUGCUGCGCCACCAGCCUCCGGCCCAGCCUCACUGUGCCUUCUCACAUGCCUGCAGCAGGAGUGCCUGGCCCAGGAGCAUCUCACGGAGGGGUCUGAGCCAGUGGGUCCUGGGCUGGCACAUCUGGGAAGGGACGGAUUGCCCCACACAGCUCUGGCGUGGCUCCUGGGAGCCGUCCUCCCAAGAGGGCAGCUUGGCAGCCCCAGACGUGCGCCAGCACUGGCUCUGCUGCAGAGAUUGUGGGGUUUUGGCUUUUAAAAAUGUCUGAACUUAUUUUUACUCAGGUAAUUUUAACUUAAAACAAACUGAAGCAAAUGUCAGGAAAUACUAGCCUUAAAUCUGGUUGGGACAAAGAGGACGUCUUUUUCUUGGGGUCUCCGUCCUGUGAGGGUGAGCGCAUGGGAGGGUCAGCGUUGGCAGCAAGGGGCCAGGCCAGCCUCGGGACGCUGCCCUUCCAGCUGCCCCCUUGGUCACCUCCAGGCAGUGGAGGGGUCCAGGGCUGCCGCCCUCUCGGGUGUGCGCCUGCCCGGGCCGUGGGGGGUUGAACCUGCUUCCUCUGCAUCUGGCAGGGGGACCCAGGGGUCGCCCCGACCCUCAGUGGAGGGGAGGGCAUGUCCACUAGGGCCCGCCAGUUUGUGGGUGCCCACCUCUGGGUGGCGCGGCCGGCCCACACAGCACUUCCGCCCAAAUCGUCACUCGUGUGCACAGUCAGUCGCUCCUGGUUGUCUGUUUACGACGUCGCGUCUGUGCAGCCUACCUGGGGCCCAGGACCACAUUUGAUUGUUUGUGUUGACUCCAUGUCUGACCAAAUCAGGUGAAACCACGGCCAUGAGUGGGCCGGGGAGCCCUGGGCUGGCUGGACCGUGUCUUUCCUGUCAUUCAUGCGCUCGUGUACGUGUUCCUUAGAAACUGAAAUAAAAUCUUAUUUUGGAA